CUACUACACACCUUCCUCCCACUCUUUCAGUGCUGCAACCCCAGUAAUAUUCUGUUACCGCGCCGCCCCGUCGCUAUUCAACCUUUGCUCGCGGAAUGGUAGCGGUCCAGUACAAGAUUCCUUUGCCAACAUCGCCGCCACCGAGCCCACCCAGAAACGCAUCAUCAACAAUGGUACCAACACCGUCAUCAAGCAGCCGUGCGGCGCUCAAGUCGGCCAUUGCCCCAGCGUCGAUCCCAACGCCAGAUACCUCGGGUGACGACUUGAAGAAUGGCGAGUCACCGCCACGCCCCAGCUGGUCAAGAUCUCGGCCCAUCAUGCCCCUGCUGAGCGACUUUGAACUGGUCCGCGUACUUGGCAAGGGCUGCGCUGGAAGGGUGCUCCUGGUCAAGCACACGCCCACUUCGAGGGUUCACGCCAUGAAGGCCAUUUCAAAGCGAGCCGUGCUGGCAAACGACGAGCUUGACCACACGCUUGCCGAGCAGCACAUCUUGCAGCACUUUGCGUCGAGCGAACGGCGCAGCGCCUUCAUCUCACGCCUCUACUACUCGUUUACGGACAAGGAGAACUUUUAUCUCGUGAUGGAGUUUUACCCCGGAGGUGAUCUCGCGACCCAGAUGGAGAUCCAUGGCAUUCUCGGCCCAUUAAGGACACGCUUCUACACGUGUGACAUCGUCGCAGGCCUUGAGCACCUGCACCGAGAAGGAAUCCUCGUCCGCGACCUCAAGCCAGAAAACAUUUUGUUGAACUGGCAUGGGCACGCCGUCUUGGCCGACUUUGGCCUGUCAAAAUCCUUUGGCUACCGAGGAGACCCCGUCCCAGUCAAGCUUCCCGCCGACUACAUCGACGGCAAGGGCGAUCCUCCUCCCCACGCGGGCAAGGGCUUUGGCUCGUACCGCAAAGGCGAGUUAACGUGGGACCGUGCGUUCUCUUUUGUCGGCACACAAGAAUACCUCGCGCCCGAAGUGAUCAAGCGCAACCACUACACCUACGCCAUCGACUGGUGGGCGCUGGGCUGUAUCGUCUGUGAAUGCUUGACGGGGCGCGUGCCGUUCAGAGGCAGCGAUAACGAGAGCAAUGCCGAGCUGUACGACCGAGUGAUCAACGCUCCUUGGGAUGCCCUGUAUCGAGGUGACCACCCCAAAGUCUACCUCAAGGAACGGUACAGGAUUGACAAUACGACCUAUGACUUUAUCGAGGGGCUGUUGGCAAAGGAGCCAAUGUUCCGUCUGACAGAACCAUGCGUCAAGUCACAUCCCUAUUUCACCAACGUUGACUGGGACACGGUCGACAAGGGCGACUACCAAGACCCUUUCCAGCUCGAGAUCGACCCCGUGGCCGAGUACAACACACAGUUCUUCCCAAGGCUCUGCCUGGAAGAGACGCCGACAGUCGACAUGCGAGGUCACGACUAUGGCAAGGACCCCGACGACGCGUCCAACAACCCUCUCAACAAUGACGACGUGUACGCCGCAGCUCAGGACGAGUUUAGAAACGAACUCGCGUCCUUUGACUGGACCUGCCAGAACGCAUACGACAUUGACGACACUUUUGACGACCAAGACGAAGACGACCAACUUGUAGAAGAAGAAGACCUUUACGCCGUAGACAACGCCUCAGUGGAGCAAGCCCACACCAACCUCAGCACACCAGAAAUCACCACUAAUCAAGACUCUGUCGUUUCGGAAGACACGGUCCGGACACCCACGCCUCCUUUGGAACCCGCCUCUGCCAAGGACCAGACUCCUCCAACAUCACCGAGCCCGGUCCCUACACUGGUCGACACCCCCAAGCGAGCGGAACUCACCGACACCGCCAAGCCGGCGGCCGUCAUUGUGGACAAGGUCGUCGUCGAGCCGACUCCGCCACCUUUGGCGUCUGCGCCGACUUCUCCUCGCUCCCCAGUGGCCGCCUCCGACGCCCUUUCAGAACCCCUGUCUCCCCCUACCAUCCAAACACCCAUUCCUGCAUCGCCCUCCAAGCUUGGGCCUAUUAAUUCAUCCCCCAUUCCCACGGUUGAGGUGCACGACCUUUCUGCUCCUCCCCUUGCCCCGGCAGACACUCGUGAACUUUCGAUCAGCCCGCAUCAGUCUCCAGGCGGCUUGUCCGUCCGGCUGCCAUCGGGCCCACCAUCUGGUGGUCUGUCGGUUUCCGACGUUAUUUCAGUCCCAGGCUCACCCAACCUUAUCAUUCGCCGUCACCGUCAAGCACCCAGUAUCGACGCAUACCCCCACCACCCAAGACUUUCGGUCGAGGUCAAUGGCAUUAUUUCGCAGCUCGGCGACGAAGACUGGGAGCAGCUCGACGCCGAGACCAUCCCCGAGGCGACCAACGGAGCCGACGCCGCGGGUCAGACGCGGCCCUCUCUCCUGGCCCGUGUUGGCAUGCUCGGACGCCGCCCGUCGGUUCGUGGCCUGGCCUCGCGCCAGACAUCGGCUGUCCGUGUCCCAUCGGGGCUGCGCAAGGGCGUGAGCGCCGAGUCGGACACGUCAUCGGAGCAGAGCUCGAACAAGGGCCGCCAGCCGCUGUUUGCCACCCGUGGAUACGAAAACACCAAGAAGGCAUUGAUCAAGGCGUUCCCUCCAACGCAACGACGACCUAGCUCGGACAAUGUCCGACCUGCCACGCCGACUUCGACGUCGCCAUCGCCUGUUGCUUCGAUCCGCGCUGUCGUGCCAAUCAACACGCCGGCGACGCUCCCCAAGUCGGUAUCGAUGCGGGAGACGUCACUUCGCGAGCCCGACACACCUUCGACCAGUAAGCGGACGUCGGUCUUGUCCGCAUUCUCGUCGAGCAGCAAGCGAACGUCGUCUCGGUCAGGCGACUUGGGCCUCUUGUUCUCGAGACCAAAGUCUCGAAAGGGCAAGGAGCGCCGCUCACGUACGAUGGCGCCAGGAGGCAACUCGUCGUGGAACCCGCCAGCCGAGGCCGAAGACGCUGCUCCUGCGCUCCCUAGUAUUCCUCGCAUUGAACUGAUAGAGACGCCGCCCAUUGUCUGGGAGCUGGACGUCGACCAGGCCAAGCACUAG